AUGUGUUUAAACAAAACUAAAAAACAACUAAGUAAUAAAAAUAAACAAAAAGCAGAUACAAGUGAAGACGAAGACACAAACCAGUCUGAGAUAGAGUUUGAAAUGAAUGAAAGUGGAUUAGGUUUUAACUGUGAUAAUGAGACUUUUGCAACAAAAAAUAUUUCAGCUUUACUUAAGCGACUAGAAACCUUGGAAAAACUUCAAAUUGCUCAUAACAAAGAGGUUAAGAACCAGAAAACGGAUGCCAAUUCAGAUA